AUGCUCCCUCCAUCGGAUUCCCUUCUUCACCACGCGCACAAACUCUCUGAAGCGGCAGCCAACAUCGAUCGGAACGAUGUGCGGCCGACACCUCCACCGCCAUACUCGUCAGCCGCCCAACACAAUGCCAUCCAUGAGGACAUCGAGAGCGAGCUCGCUGGGGAUGAGGAUCGGCAAGCUCCUCUUGCAAUAUAUGUGGAUGCCUCUAUCAACGUCAGCGGGGAUGGAAAUUCUAUCGUCCUCCCUCCCUCUGCGGCCGAGGCCGCAUCGCCUUCGUCUUCUGCCUCCGCGGGAAACGCCACGGCGCACGCGGCGCCGCGUCAACGCCAAACACGACUCACCGAUAUGACUGCCUCAAUUCUCACGGCGCUGCAUCGGACCGGGCUCCUCAAUGCGGCGCGGACAUCCACCCCGGUAGAGAUCCACGUCACCACGGGCAUCAAGAUCGAGGGCAGCAGGAAUAUCAUCUGCUCUGGUUCGGUGGCUAAUCGCCCGCUUGUCGGCAAGAGACACGCGCCGGGAGAUGAAGCGUCCAGAAAGAGACGGUCCCAGUCCGAACCAACCGAGGUCCCUGGUUCGUCCAAGCGACACUGCUCGAUGUGA